AUGGAAAAAGAUGCUUUUUGGUUUUCCUGUCGUCACGAUAUAAUGGAAAUACUGCUAGAAGCAAUCGUACAUCAAGCACUUGGUCCAUUAAGUGGACCAGAAAUAUUGAUCUUCAAACGAUUUAGAGAAAUAUGCUUGGACAUUGACCAGAAUAAGUUCAGUACAGUUUCUUCAAAUCCUGACGCUUUAAGAUACGUAGGAAAAAUUGCAGGCAGCGCAAUUUUAUUUGCUGAAAAGCAACCACGUGACGAUUACAAGGUACUGUUGACACUUCCGAUAAUAUUUUUGGAAGGUGUACCUAAUAAUGGGAAAUAA